AUGAAACCUAACCUUUAUUGGCAAAAUCCUUUUGUGGAUGUUUUCAAACAUUUUAAAGUACAUGAUAUGAAAAAUGUAGAAAAAAAAGGAAGGGUAGCUGUUGCUAUGGAUAAAGAUAUUUCAAGAAAGAUUUUAAAAAUUGAGGGACAAGUUUCUACAUAAAAUAAUAUUACUAUUCCUGGGUAAUCAGCUGAAAUUUCAUCUCUUUAGUUGAUAGGCAAUUAUAUUUAUAUUUAAAUGCAAGUACCAGCAGGAAGUGUGUUCGCAUUCCAUAUAAUUUAUUCUGUAAAUAACUAGAGAUACAAAAUAUCUUUUUCUAAUUUUUAUAAGCAAGUGAAGAAAUCAGCUGAUAAAGAGUUAUAAGUGAAUUUUUCAGAAGUGCCAAAUAAAUGGGCUAUUGUUUGUAUAGAUUCUAAGAGUUACUUACAAGUUUUAGUGCCAAACAUAGCAGACGCAAAUAUUGAUUAUAACGUUAGAAGCAUAUAACUUUGUGCGAAUGCAAAAUAUAAAGGUAUAUUUACUUCUAAUAACUUGUAUAAUGUAGAGAGUAUGCCUAAAGAAAUGCAUUUAAUUCUUCCUAAGAAUGAAACAUUUUAUGAUAGAUAUUAAUGGAUAUUUAUAACUCAUUCUAUAUAAACUAAUGAAAAUAAUCAAAGGCAGGCUAACACAAGACCUCCUAGACUUGAACCUCCAAAAUAAACUGAAAGCUAAAAAUACAUCGCACCUGAAAAGAGCAAAGAAAAUUUAAAAUCUAUAUUAAAAAAAAAAGUAUAAAUUGUUGAGCCUGGUUAAGAAGAAUAAAAUUAAUAAGACUAAGAAGAACAUGAUGAGGAGCAUGUUGAUUCUGACAAUGAAAACAGCUCUUUCGAAGAUGUAAACUUGAAAAUUCCAUCUUAAAAUGGGCUAAAAUCUUCUUUGAAGAACAAAAAUAAAGAUAAAGGCAUUAAUUAUGAUGAAUAGGAAUUAGAAGAUUUGUAAGAGUAAGAAAAAGAAAGUGUUCCCAUUGUUUAUGAAAAUUGCUUUUAACUUUAACCAACACCAAUAAUGAGACUCUCUCAUAUUCAUGGUUAUUGUGGUGGAAAAAGAAAUGUAUGCAGCUUUGGUAGUGGAAGUAUUUUAUAUAGUAGUGGAAGUGUUUUAAUAAUGUAAGACGUUAAGACUAGAGAAUAAAAAUAUAUGUUUGGUCAAAAUAGCGAAAUAUAGCAAGUAGUUGCUUCAAGUAAGGAUAAACUAAUUAUUACAACAGACAGCACAUAGAUUUCUUUUUGGAAUUCAGACACCCUUUAGCGUACUGGCUUUUAUUAUACUGGCUACUAGCAAAUAUUAUCAGUAGACAUAACUUAUUAUAAAAAAGAACUUUAUGUUGCUUUGGCUGGUUUAGAUAAUGCUAAACGUCCAGGAAUUAUGAUUAUUAAAGGAGAUUAGGUAAUUGUGAAAAAUCUAAGCAAUUUUGACAUAGUAAAGCUUGGUUUUAUAGAUAAAAAAGACAUUUCUAAGGGUUUAAUAAGUGUAGGAAAAGAAAAUAUUAGGUUUUGGUGGAUUAAAGGUAAAGGUUAAGAAACAGUUUUGGCAUAGCACUCUGCUUAUUUAGGUGAACAUGCCAGAGAUAAUGUAUUUAGUGAUUUUGCUAUUGCUUAAACAGAUUAGAAAUCUUUCAAAAUACUUGUUGUUGGAAACACCGGAAAUCUUUACAUAUUAGAUUCAGUUGAAAAGGAAAUGAUAGGUGUUUUUAUGAUUCAUGAGGAACCUAUAAAAUGUAUAGGCUUACACAACGAUAGUUAAGAUGCAAGUAAAUAGUAUGUUAUUACUUGUGGAAGCAACGGAAAAAUAAAAGUUUGGAAAAUGGAUUUCUCUGAGUUAAUUUUAGAAGCCAAACUAGACAGCCAAGUUUGUAGUUUAAGUAUAAACGAUUAUAUUGUUUGUGGCUGUUUAAAUGGCACUAUAGGAGCCUUAAGCAUAGAAAAAAAGAAAUUUACAAUUAUAAUUAGAAGUCACAAUGAUAAAAUUAUAGAUUUAAAAUACCAUAAAUCUGCCAGAAAGCUUAUUACAAUAAGCUAGGAUUUUUCAAUCAGAAUUUGGGAUUUAAUGAAAUUAAAGGGUUCAAAUAAUAUUUUCUUCUAGCAAGUCUACGAGUUCAGAUGUUUAGAUGAGUAAGUAACAUGUGUUUAACCAUAUCAUAACAGAGAUAAAUUUGUAUGUGGUUUCGAAUCAGGUGCUGUCAGAAUAUUUGACAUAAGAAACUACACAGUUGCAUGUGAGCUUGAGCUUCAUAAGUCUCGUAUAUUAAAGGUUGAUGUGAGCAGAUUUGACAAAUAUGGAAUGAGUGCAGAUUCUCAGAAAAUAGCUAUUUUUAAUGAAUAAUUUUAAUGUGUAAAAGAAAUAGAGAUUAAAAAUUUAGUUAGCACUGGCUUCGAUGUAGUUGGUGAUUAUUUUUAUAUUAUGAGUGAUUCUUAUUGUGUGAAAAUUCAUAGCAUGAACAAUUUUGAGUAGAAACUAGCUUUAAAUUCACUAGAAGAAAUUAAAGAUGUUAAAUUUACUACAAGAAAAGAUGAAAUGAUAGUAUAUACUAAAAGAUAAAAGAUAAAAAAGUAUAAAAUUGUUCCUGAUGAAAUAAAACUCUUUCGUGAAUACUCCAAUAUUCAUAAAGGAUAAAUUAACAACGUUGCUAUAUCUUAUAAUGCUUCAUAUAUAUUUACAACAGGCGAGGAUUAGCUUUUAAAAAUAUGGGAUUAUCAUUUUAGAGGAGGAGUUAGCCCAGCUUUUUAGGCAUAUAACUGUGGAGAGUUUGUCGAAGGUGUAAUUACUAGUGAUGAUGAGCUCAAUUUGGUUUUUGCAUUUGGAUAAAGUAGUAAGAGUCUAUAUUGCUGGAAAUUUUAGGGGGAGCUGUUUAAAGAGCUAGAAAAUAAUCCAUUAGAAGAUGAAAAUGAGUAAAAUAACCCAGAAACCUAGCUAAAAACUAAUGAGCCUGAAGAAAAAGUUUUAUUUUCAAACCUAUCAGUGAGAAGAGAAGGAAAUAACUACAUAGAAGAACUAAAAAAUAAUAAUGAAGAUUAAUCUCUUUUAUCAAAGCCAAUUAGAGGUCUUUAUGAUGAUUUACAACAAAAAUUUAAUCUAGGCGAUGUUUAUGAUUUAAAAGAAAUUCAAAAAGCUCCAAUUUUUAAUACAGCUUAGAAUUAUCAAUACGAUAUGAACCUUAAUUUGAAUGAAAACGGAAGAUAAGAAAGGCUUUUUGAAGAAAGAAGGCCUGGGUAAUACUUAGAUAUUAACUGUGUGAUUGGGUUCAAUACAAAGGGAGGUAUUCCUUAAGAAAAGUUUAUUUGGAAUUAAAAGAAUCGUUAUUUGGUUACUUUUGUGAAUAAUUUUUUAGUUGUAUCUCACAUGCAAUCACCAAGCAGAGAUUAAAAAGUCACCUAACUUGAAUAUCCAAUUUCUAAAAUAGAGAUCAGUCCAAACUGUAGAUAUUACGUUGCAACUCUCUAAAAUAAAGCUUCUUCAAUAAAAGUUUAUGACUCAAAUUCACAUGCAUAAAUUAAAGAGCUAUAUCAUCCUUAAGAGUGCAACUUGCUAAGCAUACAAAUAUCUCCUUGCUCAAAUUAUUUAUUGUCAGUAAUUUAGUUACUAGUUGCUAGUUAAACAGAAGAAAAAAAAGAAUAAUAAAAUGUUAAGAAUGGAGCCUAGUUGAUAAAUAUUUGGGAACUUGCUUCAGGUAGAUUAGUUUCUAGUAGCACAAUAGAUGAAAAUGAUACAUUUGUGUGUACUAAAUGGAAUAAUGUUACUUUAGGUGCUUUGGAAUUCGCUGUUGUAUAUAAAAAUGGACUUUAAUUUUGGAGACUCAAUUCAAGAAUGAGCUUAGAGUAUUAACAAGCAGACUUUACAAAUAAAAAUACCGGAAAUUUGGUUUCCUUAAACUAUCUUUCCAUAUAAAAUAAUUAAAAGCACCUAGCUCUUAUUGGAACUUCAUCAGGGUGUAUAGUGAUAUUUGAUUUACGAUCUGGCUGCAUGUUGUGUAUGUGCUAAGGAGUAAUUAACUAAGGAAUUAGCGAGCUUAUAGUUAUAAAGAAUAAUUUGAUAAUUUUGAGUAACACUGUAAAUGUGUAUCAAUUUAAUUUAGGAGAUUUGAAUACAAUGGAUAUAUAAAAAUUAGCUACAAAUGUUAGUUAGAAUAGCUAGGUUUACACCCUUGAUUCUUACCCUAUAGCUUAUUCUAGUAUGGGAGAUGAUGAUAUUAGACAAGGGUUAGAUUAACCUAUAGCAAUGGCUGGAAUCAUGCUAUUAAGCAAGUGCGGUUUGAUGUGGCUAGUUGAUUUCGAAGAUAAUGCAACACUUAGGAUUUCUUCUACUCAUUAAAGUGAUAAGCUUAUAAGGUCGUGCAGAUAUGUUCCUAGAGUUGGAUACAACGGUCUUAUUAUUUCUUCUUCAAACGAUUAUACAAUAAAAAUUUGGGAACUGGAUUCAAUAGAGGAAAAAACAGAGUUCUAUGCACCUAAAAAAGAAUGCAUUUGCAUGGAUACAAUGGAUGAAUUGAAUAUCCUUGUUUGUGGCUAUAAUGACGGGUAUGUGAGGUUCUAUAAUUACAUUAAUUAUGAAAAUUAUGGAGCUUCAUUUAUUCAUGACUAAGGGGAAAUUAAAAAGCUUAACAAAAAAGGGGACUCUAAUUUACCCAACUUAAGCAUAAAUGCACUAAGAGCUUUACCUUAGACAAAAAAUGUAAUAGUAGCUAAUUCACUAGGGGAUAUAUAUAUUCUUUAUGUAGAAAAACUACAGCCAUUCUUAAUAUAGAUAAAUAAAAUAGCUGAUAAUAUUGGAUUUGCUUCAGAUUUUAUGGACAUCUCAGUCCAUGAUCCACUCUCUCUGUGGUUAGUGACAACUUAAGAUUCAAAAAUAUAAGUUUGGAGUCGAAAAUGCUUAAAGCGCAAACAAAACCCAGUGGAAGAACUAAUGAAAAUAUACGAAUUAGAGUAUUAUUUAAUCGACAACUACAAAUUGUAAACCUACAAAAAUAAGCAAUUAAAUCAAGUCCAAUUCUGCUAAGCCCUGUUUUCAAAGUAAGAGAAAGAUGAAUAUCUUGUAAUAUCUCCUUUGAUCGAUUUUAUAUAAAUAAGAAAUUAUAGAGAGCACAUCAAUGUAAGACAAAUUGCAUUAGUGAGCCCACCCAAAAAGAUUGCUCUUAAUGAAAAAGGUGACAUUAUUUUCCUAGGCCACUAAGAUGGAUAUCUUAGUCUAUACGAUGCGCAUAAUGGAAUUGAGUUGGAUAGAAGAAGAAUAGGAGAAAAGCAAGAAAUCUCUGAUUUGUUUGUCUUUGACUAGCAAUAAAAGAUUAAAAAGGAAAAUUCUUCUCUUUCUUAAGAAGAAUAAAUAAAUGAAGCUCCUUUCAUAUUAGUUUCUUCAAACAAUCAAAUAACAGUUUUUAAUUUAUUUUCUGCUCCCUUAGGCGACCCUAGCACUAUUUGA